AUGGCCGAGCCGCCGCCGCAGCCCCGGCCCCCCGCAGCCCCGCAACCCCGGCCCCCCGCAGCCCCGCAGCCCCCCGCAGCCCCGCAGCCCCGGCCCCCCGCCCGCCGCCGCUGGCCUCUGCCCGCCGUCGAGCCGCUGCUCUUCCUGGUCACCCUGUCCCUGGGGCUGCAGGGCCCGCUGGCCACCCAGUACCUCUGGGACCGGCUGGGGGCUGAGCGCGGCUACAUCGGCCCCAACGGCAGCAGCUCCGCCGGCUGCGGGAACGGCAGCAGCGCCGACCCCCUGCGGCAGGAGGUGGAAGCGCUGGUCUCCCACUGGAACCUCUACAUCAACCUGGGAGGCUUCUUCGUCGGGAUCUUCUCCGUCACGCUCCUGGGGCCGUGGAGCGACAGCGUGGGCCGCCGGCCGGCGCUCAUCCUGCCGGCCCUGGGGAUGGCCCUGCAGGCGGCCGUGUACCUCCUCGUCAUGUACCUGCAGCUCCACGUCGCCUACUUUCUCCUCGGCCGCCUUCUGAGCAGCCUGACGGGAGACUACAGCCUCAUCCUGGCCAGCUGCUUCGCCUACGUGUCCGACACCAGCGACAAGCGCGCGCGGACGUUCCGCGUGGCCAUCCUGGAGGGCUGCCUGGGCCUGGCGGGCAUGGUGGCCAGCGUCGGGGGCGGCCAGUGGCGCAAGGCCCAGGGCUACAUCAACCCCUUCUGGCUGGUGCUGGCUGCCAGCCUCGCUGCCGCCCUCUACGCCGCUUUCUGCCUUCGGGAGUCGGUGAAGCAGCCGAAACCAGCCAAGCUCUUCACCCUCCGUCAUUACCGGGCUGUCUACAGGCUGUACGCGGCCCCGGAAAACCUCCGCUCCAGGCGGGGGCUCAUCCUUUACUCCCUGGCUUUCUUUCUUCUUGUCACUGUACAUUUUGGAGCCAAGGACCUCUAUGUUGUGUACGAGCUUGGCUUCCCUCUCUGCUGGGCUUCCGACCUCAUUGGGUACGGCUCAGCUGCCAGUUACCUGGCUUACCUGAGCAGCCUGGCGGGGCUGAGGCUGCUGCAGCUCUGCCUUGAAGACACCUGGGUGGCAGAGAUAGGACUGAUCUCCAAUAUUUCUGGACUGGUUGUGAUAUCUCUUGCUACCACCACACCACUGAUGUUUGCAGGUUAUGGGACUCUCUUCCUCUCCAUGGCAGCCACUCCAGUCAUCAGAUCCAAGCUCUCCAAGCUGGUCAGCGAGACAGAACAGGGUGCUCUUUUUGCCUCUGUUGCCUGCGUGCAAGGGGUGUGUUCACUGGUGGCUACAGGAGUGUUCAACCCUCUCUACUCUGCCAGUUUGCACUUCAUGAGGGGAUUCCCAUUUCUCUUUGGGGCCAUAAUUCUUCUUAUUCCAGCAGCUAUUAUUGGGUGGAUAGAAAUCUGGGACUCAAACCGUGACUACUGUCACUUCUCAGGUGCUUCCCCAUCCCCUGCAGAUGGCUCAAAAGUGGCUUAGCAACAAGGAAUCAGCCAGCUUGGCACUGUCUGAAGACUGCUCGUUAUUCUUCUCUUGAAGGACAGAUUGGUGUGGAAGGGACAUCCUGCUGGUUUUUACUAAUUUUUAAAUGCCAAGGAAUUGGAAAUAAUGGCUCAGAUUAAAAGCAGGAACUUGAUUUGCAGAUGUGAAGCUAGUGUGCUGGCUCAUCUCUCAGAGAAGACCCAGGAGACCCAAAAAUGAAUCAAGAAUAAAAGCUGUUGUUGGCCAUU